CCCAAGAAAAGAAAAGAAUAAAAAGUUUUUACAGUUUUUAGCACAAUGUUUAUAUAUUUGAUUAUCAAGAGUGAAUUUUUGAUAAUCAGUCAUCUUCACAAGAACCCAAAGAAAAAUCUCUCAAAAAGAGUUCAGUACCUUUCAAUUCUACUUCUCUCUUUACUGUUUGUGAUGCAUUUUCUCAUCACCUACCACUGAUAAACCCAUCAUUCGUUCUUAUUAUCCCCACUUUUCUCUUUUACCAUCCUCUCACUGCCAGUACAGCAUUUCUGGUUCUUGUUUCUGGGUUAGGGCUUUUAAGCGGAAAGUACAUUUUCAACUUAGAUUUAGACUCACAUUUGCUCCUACAGAGAGACCCAGAUAGUAAAUCCAACCAAAUUGGAUAUAUAACUGGUUUUCUGAACUUGGGUUGAUUUGGGUGUCUUGAUAUGUGAUCUUGUUUUCAGAGAUCUGAUUGAUGGCUUCUUCAAUGUCUGUAGAGAGGGUAUGGUAAUGGGUUUUGUGAGAUCUGGCAUCUAAAGGCUGUUCUUGCCAAUUGUGUCUCAGAGAGGUAUUUUGACACCGAAAGGAUGACUACUGAUCUGAAUACAGGAUUAUCCAAAAGAACUGCCAUUUUUGGUCUCAAAGUCUGGGAAUUGAUUGGGAUCUUUGUUGGGUUAUUUAUUAUAGUUAUCCUCUUUGCAUUAUCCUUUUAUCUUACUUCGCGGAAGAAAUCUAGGAAAGCUCAAGACAAUAUUCCCAUUAGCCAAAUCCCAACUGUUUCCAAGGAAAUUAAAGAAGUACGCGUGGAGCAAGUCCCUACGGAUGAAUUUGCUCCACGUGAUGGGAUUCUUCUCGCCAUUCACGAAAAAUCCAGUGAUAAAGAAUCGGACAAGGUUAUUGUUCAUCUAGGUAUGGGGAAAACGAAAAAUGGAGAUAAUAGUAGUCAGUCAGGUUCGUUUCGUAAUUUGGAUAAAGAUGGUGGAGGGUCUCAAUCAGGAGAAGUGAGCUCGGGCAACUUUGGUGCGUAUAAACCUUCUUCUUCACAUCCAAUAACCGCCUCUUCUCCUCUAACUGGACUGCCUGAAUUCUCUCAUUUGGGGUGGGGUCACUGGUUUACAUUGAGGGAUCUCGAACUUGCAACGAACCGGUUUUCAAAGGAGAAUGUUAUUGGUGAGGGUGGAUAUGGAGUUGUUUAUAGGGGAUGUUUGAUUAAUGGGAGAUGGAGUCCAGUGGCAGUCAAAAGACUUCUGAACAAUCUGGGCCAGGCAGAGAAGGAAUUUAGAGUGGAAGUUGAAGCUAUUGGCCAUGUGCGUCAUAAAAAUCUGGUUCGACUUUUGGGCUAUUGCAUGGAAGGAACUCAUAGGUUGUUAGUCUACGAAUACGUCAACAAUGGCAACUUGGAACAAUGGCUUCAUGGAGCUAUGCGCCAACAUGGACAUCUUACAUGGGAGGCCAGGAUGAAGGUUCUCCUUGGCACAGCUAAAGCUCUUGGCUACUUGCAUGAAGCAAUUGAGCCAAAAGUGGUGCACCGAGAUAUUAAGUCAAGCAAUAUAUUGAUUGAUAAUGACUUCAAUGCCAAGGUUUCUGAUUUUGGCCUGGCCAAGCUACUUGGUGCCGGAAAAAGUCACAUCACAACUAGGGUUAUGGGAACCUUUGGAUAUGCGGCUCCCGAAUAUGCAAAUAGCGGCCUUUUGAAUGAAAAGAGUGAUGUUUAUAGCUUUGGUGUUGUGCUUCUGGAAGCCAUUACAGGAUGAGAUCCGGUGGACUAUGGUCGUGCUGCGCAAGAGGUAAAUCUGGUUGAUUGGCUGAAAAUGAUGGUUGGAAGCAGGCGCUCAGAGGAAGUGGUGGACCCAAACAUUGAAACAAAGCCGUCAACAAGAGCUCUUAAACGACCCCUUCUGACAGCUUUGAGAUGUGUUGACCCAGAUUCAGACAAGAGACCCAAGAUGAGCCAAGUUGUUCGAAUGCUUGAAUCAGAGGAGUAUCCCAUACCCAGAGAGGAUCGAAGGCACCGAAGAGCUCACGCAGAUAACACGGAGAUUGAAUCCCAGAGGGAGAAUUACGACACUGACAAGAGUGACAAUGCAGAUCCGAAGUCAGAGGGCAGAAGCAGCUACAGAACAUAACAAAACCUAUUCAUUCUUUUAGUGGAUCUGGUACCGGCAGUUCUUAGUUUUUUUCAGCCUACUGAAAUAUUCGGUUUUCCAUGUCCAAGCUGAUUCUAGCAAUAAAUUUGGGUGAGGAAAAA